GUGACAGCCUAUGAGGCCGGUGGCCGCGACGUGCCCCUGCCCAGCCUCCUGCACACGGCGAACAAAGUGGAGUUUGUCCUGGCUGGGGUGGCUCCGCGGGGCAACGGUUCCCGCUUUGAGCUGGAGGUGGCCACCGUGGAGGAGACGGGGGUGGUGCAGAAGCUGCGCUCGGCGCGUUCCAUCGAUGACGAGUACACUCCCACCGUCUUUGAGAUGCUCUCCCUGGUAGCCGAGUCCCGAAACGACAGCUCGGUGCUCAGCUUCCUGCAGCGGGGCCUGCAAGCCGCCAACUGGACCCUGCCCACGUCCAGCAUCGUCCACGCCUACUUCGGGGAGGGUGUGGGCAGCACCUACACCGUCAGCGCCAUCAACAUCUCCUUCGGGGGAGAGGACGGGAAGGUUUACCAGGAGAAGCGCUACCUUCGCUGGUCGGUGCUGCUGGGCUUCGGGCAGAGCCCCGAGGACACCUUCUCCCCCCUCAUCAUCUCCAUCACGGCGGUGGCACUGGGCACCCCCCUGGCGAUGCUGCUGGUGGGCAGCUGCCUGGUUCUCUUCGCCCAGAGGAAACGCUUCUCUGACUACGAGCCCAUCAACUGA